CUGCAGCAUCAGCUUUGCACUCACUGGCACAAUGGAUGUUACAAUUCAUCACCCCUGGAUGCGCCGACCCCCACUGUCCCCCUCAUUUUUCCCCAGUCGGAUUCUAGGGCAGCGGUUUGGGGAAGGGGUUCUGGAGUCGGAACUGUUCCCUGCCAUGCCCAUGCCGAUGGCCCUUAGCCCGUACUACUACCGCUCUCCCAGCAUCCCGCAGCCAAGUGAAGCCGGACUGUCAGAGGUGAAGUUGGACAAGGAUCAGUUCUCCGUCCUGCUGGACGUGAAGCAUUUCUCUCCGGAGGAGCUAACCGUCAAGGUGGUGGGAGAUUACGUGGAGGUCCAUGCCAAGCACGAGGAGCGCCCGGAUGAACAUGGCUUUAUAUCCCGAGAGUUCCACAGAAGGUACAAGAUCCCCCCGACAGUGAGCCCCGCCGCCAUAUCCUCCGCUCUCUCUGCCGAGGGGCUGCUGUCUAUCCAGGCGCCGGUGACUGCUGGGGGCAAACAGGAAGAGAGGAGCAUCCCCAUAGCCAGAAAGGAUAAGUAAAGCCCUUACCCACCCCCUGCCUACAGGUGGGCACUGAGACCCCCCCAUGUAUCACUUAUACAGUCACUGGACCCGCUUAUAUCCUGCAGAACCGCCCUGUGCAACUGUCCACUGCCACAGCACCCACACCCCAAUACAGAGCACCCACAGACUAUGUACAGCCGGUGUCGCCCCCACGUCAGCAGAACCACCCAGAGACUCGACCGGACCCCAAUGUUUUCUUUUCUUCCAGAAUGUCUGCAAUAAAUUCCUUUCUAAUAAAAAACUGAGCCCGGUGG